AUGAGACUGUUGGGUCUUCUCAUUUGUGUGGUGACAGCUCCCCAAGAUGUCCUAUCCCAGCUGCAGCUGCGGGAAUCAGAACCAGGACUGGUGAAGCCCUCGCAGACCCUCUCCCUCACCGGCCUUGUCUUUGCAUUCUCCAUGACUACCAUCAGUUACUACUGGAGCUGGAUCCGCCAGCCCCCAGGAAAGAGCCUGGAGUGCAUGGGGUAUGUAAGUUAUAGUGGUAGCACUUACUACAACCCAUCCCUCAAGAGCCGCACCUCCAUCUCCAGAGUCAUGUCCAAGAACCAGUUCACCCUGCAACUGAGCUCCGUGACCACUGAGGACACGGCCGUGUAUUACUGUGCAAGAGACACAGUGAGGGGAAGUCAGUGGGUAUUUGAUAAAUGGCAGACCCUCUCCCUCACCUGCACUGUCCCUGGAUUUUCUUUAACCAGCUAUGUUGUGGGCUGGAUCCGCCAGGCUCCAGGAAAAGGGCUGAAGUGUGUUGGUAUUACGUGGAGUGGUGGAAGCACAAACUAUAACCCAACUCUGAAGUCCCAACUCAGCAUCACCAGGGACACCUCCAAGAGCCAAGUUUAUUUAACGCUGAACAACCUGACAGGCGAUGACACAGUCAUGUAUUACUGUGCAACAGACACAGUGAGGGGAGCCCAGACUGCACCAGCUGGAAUGGGAGUGGGCGCCUGUGGAGAAGACACAGGGAAGAUGGGGGCCCUGGAGCGGCCCCAGCUUCCUCCUCAGCCUGGUGUCCUGGAUCUCCCUCCCUGGGGCAGCUUCCAGCAGGACACGGUGCCCACCUCACUCCAUGGGUUGCUCUUGCUGCAGGUGCUCAGGGAGGCUCAGAUGUCCCCCUGGAAGGCUGGUUGUAAGUCUCAGCUGUGUGGCUGCUGUGGUCCUUUCAACAACAUCAUUGGGCAUGAGGAGCCCCUGCACAGUUAG